AUGUAUCGCAGACUCAUAGCUUUAUCUCGGUCCUUUUCCACUCAUGAAAACAUCUUCAAGCAGUAUCUCAAACAAGCUGAGCAAAUUGCUGAAGAAGAAAAGAAAAAAGCUGAAGAAGUCAAAAUAGAUACAGAACAACUUCUAGGGCCUAAAGAAUCAGGUUUAAUAGACCCAGCACUAAAAUACCUUAAAGCAAUUUUUUUUUUUUUUGUUGAAAUUUUAUAUAUAAUAUUUUUCAUGAAAAAAAAAUUUCCACCUAAAGCAACUAAACUUAUUGAGAAAAUUAUCAAGACAAAAUCAAUCGAGAGAAUACAGCUGAUGAUUGAAGACGCCUUAUAUGACGUAUCGAAGAACUAUAAAGAGAAAAAAGACCAAGAAGAAGAUGUGCUUAAACCAAUGGAACUAGUUCAAAAACUAACAGAGUUAUGGGUCGAAAGACCAGAUCUAAAAGUUUUGGAUGUCCCUUCAGCAUCUAUUUUCCGAACGAUUCUAAUCAGCAGUAUAUCUGAAAAUAAAGGAUAUUUUGGGAAAUUCCAAAGAAUUACUAAAAAUGAAGAAGGCGAGUUCAACCCGUUCUUUUAUGGAGAAUUUUCAGAAGAAUUUUGCAAGAAUAUGAUCAAAGGAAUAGGAAAAACUGCUCCAGGGGUUAGAGUUAUUAGAAGAGUGAUAGACCAUUUGGCGGCCUAUGACAUUGAACCAAGCACAGAGCUUGUCAAUUUGAUCGUCGAAGAAUCCGUACAAGGAAGGUGGCCAAAGGUUCUCCUCACAACCCUUGAAUACGCUGUCAAAAAAAGAACUAAAAUUCCUUUACUCCUAUUGGUCCCGAGGAACAACAAUUGGCAAAUUAUUUUUUUUGAGGAAAUCAGUCACUUAAGAAGUGAGUAAAAGUUUACAAACAACAAUUUAUUUAUAAUUAAUGGCAAUUAAAAUGAAAACUUUGUCAGUAAAAAAUUCCUUAGCUAGUAGAAGGGGUUAGAAACCUGGAGCAAAGCCAUAAAAUUUUUCCGCUUUUGCUCCGAACACUUCGAUAAAGCCAGCAUCUGCAUCAACUUGGCUAUAAAAACAGGAGUCGACCCUGACUAUGACUUAAUCGAGCCACUUGUAGCCAAAAAUUUAAAACAUGGAAGAAUUGAAGAAGCUAAAGACUUAGUAAGCAUGCUCAGAAAAGAAAUCCUCAAUAGAAACAGAGUCAACGCUAUUCUUGUCAGAGAAGAGCAAGCCAAAAAGACUGUAGAAGUCAUGAAAAAAUUUAUCAACACCUUAUUGGAUGCCCGCAAGCCAAAGCCAGCCCAUGAAUAUUAUGAUGAAUAUAUAAGAGACCCAUACACCAAUAAAAUCAGCGAAAGCUAUGAAAUUGGCUUCAAGCUUUACCAAGACAUUGGCGACGUCAGAGAUGGAAUUUGGCUCUAUGAGUUUAUUAAGGAAGACAAAAAAUUCGAAUGGAACCAAAAGCUCGUCACAAGCCUUCUCAAAAUGGUCAAUGAAUUUGGAAAGCCUGCCCUUGAAGCCGCUAUAGAUAAAGCCCAACAGAUUUUUGUGAAUAAAGAACUUUACAGCACUUUUGCACUAAAUUUAUUGAUUACUUAUUUUGGAAGGCAUGAAGUGUGGGAUCAAUUGCAAGCUAUAGUUUUAAAGCUUUUGGAGACUAAAUCUGAGGUAAACAAGUAUACAAAAUUAACAUUGGAGAGGCAGAUUGAAAAAUGCUUAAAUCCCGCUUAUAAGAGGCAGAUUUUAGAUAAAGUCAAACUCAUUGAAUUUCCUGAAGAAGUCCCAGAAGAAGCUAAAUAA